UAACUCCGGCCUUGCUCUGCUCUCUCUCUCUCUCUUCUCUCUCUUUCUCUCUCUUGCCCUCUUCCUUUUUUCCAUCCCUUCCAACCAACCCAAGAAUCGCAGCAGUCAAAGAAAACGAAAAGAGGUCGAACUUUCGGGAGGUGGGUCUGUUCAAAUUUUUGGCCAGAGUAAAACAGAGAGAUUUCCCCCAUUUUUUUGCUGUUGCCAUCUUCUUUACCUUCGCGGUGUGUAAGUCUCAAGAGAAAAGAUACAAUCCGCCGUGGACCCAAGAAGGUCAAAGCCCGCUCUCUGCACGAUGAUGGGUAGUAGUAGUAGUACUACUUAUCUUCCGUGAGUUCACCUAGAAAAGCUACGAGGGCUUCGCACCAGUUCCGUACGGGGCUGCUUCAGUGCGUAGCGUGUACUAUCUCGUCUCAGGUGGUGUUUCGCUUUUAUGGGGAUGUCCUUCGGCGGGGGCGUUUCGAAGAUUCUUGUAGCUCCGUAGCUUGUACUGCGGGAUUUGGUUGGGCCGAUCGUCAGGUUUCUUCCAGUUAAAGUUGCGAUUUUUAAGGGGAGCGAGGGCGUUUGAGCUGGUAAAGUUCGAAGCUUUUUGAGUUCGGCCGCCAGGGUUGUGUCCUAGAGAUAACUGGAGGCGAAAGGGUGCGUUCCGGUCCGGUCAGCAUCCGCUGACUCAGGAGAUGGUUGGGGGUUGUUGGUGGCGGUGGUGAUGAUGAUUCAUGGGUAGUAGGACUAGAGUUGGCGGUGGUGGAGAUGAUGGCAGAGUUGUGAACGGCAUGCCGAGCUUCGUCCCUCAAUUACCCACUUCGAAUUCCAUGGGAUCAGAAGGAAACUCCAUUCGUUCUUCUCGAAUUACAGACUUUGGAACACUUGAGCAGUCUCUUGGAUACCGCAUAGAAGAUGCAGUUGACCUCAGCAGAAAUCCUGUCUUCAAUCAGAUGAAAUCAAGUGCCCAGGCUCUUGGGGCUGAUGUCCAAUUUGGUUCUUUGAAUAAGUCCCUUUCAUCCUCAGACAGAAAUCUUUCUGUGAAUAUUGUGGGGUCUCAGACUCUAUCUAUGCAUAGAGAAUCACAAUCAAACUUAGUAUCAAUACCCGGUGCUCAUCGUGAGAACUGGGGGGAUUCCACAAUGGCAGAUUCCAGUCCAAGGACAGAUACCUCAACCGACGACACAGGUGACAAGAAUCACAGGUUCGAAGGGGGUCAAUUGGGUGUUGCAGCAGCUUCUGAUUCCAGUGACAGAUCAAAAGAAAAAGCCACAGAUCAAAAGACUUUACGCAGGCUUGCUCAAAACCGUGAAGCUGCCAGAAAGAGUAGAUUAAGGAAAAAGGCAUAUGUCCAACAACUGGAGAGUAGCAGGCUGAAACUCACCCAACUAGAGCAAGAACUGCAGCGAGCCCGUCAGCAGGGCAUUUUCAUUUCAGGUAGUGGAGAACAAUCCCACUCAAUGAGCGGAAAUGGUGCCCUGGCCUUUGAUGUUGAAUAUGCACGUUGGCUUGAAGAGCACAACAAGGUUGUUAAUGAGCUGAGAAAUGCGGUCAAUGCUCAUGCUGGAGACACUGAGCUACGGACAAUUGUUGACAAUGUCGCCGCACACUUUGAUGAAAUCUUCAAGCUGAAAGGCACUGCAGCAAAAGCUGAUGUUUUCCACAUUUUGUCUGGAAUGUGGAAAACUCCAGCAGAGCGAUGCUUUAUGUGGAUUGGUGGGUUUCGCUCAUCUGAAGUCCUUAAGCUUCUUGUAAAUCAAUUGGAGCCUUUGACCGAGCAACAGUUGGUGGGAAUUGGCAACUUACAGCAGUCGUCGCAACAGGCUGAAGAUGCUCUGUCACAAGGGUUGGAGGCAUUGCAACAAUCUCUUGCAGAGACAUUAGCCAACAGCACAACUGCGACAGCAGGACCUUCUGGGAAUGUGGCAAACUAUAUGGGUCAAAUGGCAAUGGCUAUGGGCAAACUUGGAACUCUCGAGGGUUUCCUUCGUCAGGCGGACAAUUUGCGCCAACAAACUCUGCAGCAAAUGCACCGAGUUCUAACAACGAGGCAAUCUGCACGAGCUCUUCUCGCAAUAAACGACUACUUUUCCCGUCUUCGAGCGCUCAGCUCUCUCUGGCUUGCCCGGCCUCGGGAGUGAUGAUCCUAUUUAAGGCGAGUUCAUAUAGUAUUUAACCUUUUGAAAUCCACUGCGGCCCCUAUGCCUCCUGACAGGAGAUGAAGAAGAUUACCUUUACUUGGGUCAAAGACCGUUGAACGUCCAAACUGCAAUGCGCCGACGAUUGGCUGUUGUAAUUAUAGACUCUUCUUGAUGUCACAACACUACAGCGAUUUCAGUGUUCAUGCUGUUGUAACAUUAUAGCGAUGUCAUGUUUAGUUCUUGCGUAACUCCUAAUGUAUUCUGUUUAAUGUGCAUUAACUUUGGGGAAUAGAAAGUGGGGAGAUGUUCAUGUCACAAUGAUACUGUUGAAAGAUAUCAGGAAGUUACAAACGGAUGUCUCUGUUGCAUUGGGUUAGAAUAA